AUGGACCUUGUGGAGCAUGUGAGUCACUUCAAUCAGAGAAUGGCUGUCCAUUCCAAAGACGAAGCCUUGAUGUGUAAGGUGUUCCCAUCCAGUUUAGGACCCAUGGCGAUGAGAUGGUUCGACGGUCUAAGGGCAGAUUCCAUAGAUUCCUUCAAGGAGCUCAUCCGAGCAUUUGGAUCUCGUUUUAUUACGUGUAGCAGGGUUCCUCGGCUCUUGGAUUCCUUACUAGUCUUAUCCAUGCAAGAAGGGGAGACUCUGAAGACAUACUCGGACAGAUACUUGGAGAUGUUCAAUGAAAUAGAUGGUGACUUUGAUGACGUGGCCAUCAGUACUUUCAAGGUCGGCCUCCUAGCCGAGCACGGUUUAAGAAAAUCUUUGACUAUCAAACUUGUCACCAGUGUACGCCAACUCAUGGACUGGAUUGAUAAAUAUAAGAGGGUUAAGGAAGACCAGUAG